AUGGCUCUGUUUGGUGGCGCCAGCCAGGGUGCUGGGCGCACUGCGCUGUGCAACGGUGACUUUGUGUCGCUGUUUGUGGAGGAGCUCAAGGGCUUCGCCAGCGUGGACAUUCUGUCGACGCGUGAGGUCACCGUGUACCAGGGCGACACGGACUCCGCGUUUGAUGGCAGCACAAGCACCAAGUCAUCCUCGGAGACCACGACCGCGCCCAACUUUGAGCAGUCGUGCGUCUUCCAGAUCAAGGCGGUCACCGAUCUGCCAGAGGGCGCCAGCCUCAAGUACGGUGAUGUCGUGCGCAUCAUCCACCGCAGCACCCAGCGCAGCAUGACGCGCCAGAACCGCGCCGUCAACGGCAAGCACGCCGUGGCGCUGGAGAACACGGACCGUGCCGCCGCGCACUUCCGCCUCCUCCCGCGCUUCAAGAUCCGCUCCGUCGGCGAGCCCGUGCUGCUCAACGACCAGGUCAUCUUCCAGAACGAGACGGUGCUCGUUGCCACGCACGACGAGGACGCCUUCUCGCUGCAGUCCGUGCACCAGCAGGACAUUCGCGACUUCUACUACGCGCUCGGCCACGUCAAGGUGCUCACGCGCCUGGCAGCAGACGACGUGCUGACAGACGUCACCAACCCCGUGCACGCGGACCUGUACAAGCGCGCGCGCCGCAGCAUCCACGCGCUCAUCCAGUUCUGCUCGGAGGACAAGAUUGAGGAUGAUGAGGACGUGGUGGGCCGCGCCAACACCCUGCACCAGAACAUCCUCUUUGACCUGCAGGUGCAGGUGCCGCUCAUGAAGGUGGUCAGCCUCCCCUUCCACGGCGCACACUGCGCAGAGUGGGGCAAGGGGUGGCGGGAGCGCCUGACACAGACAGAGUACCGCCACUACAACAAGCUCGCCCGCGACGUGUACCGCCUCAUCAGCUACCUGUGCCGGGAGAACGUGCACAUUGGGCUCAUGUUUGCCAACGCGCACCUGACGGCCAUGAUCAACCAGUGCCGGCUGAUUGGGUACCUGGACGGCAUCAACUGGGACAUUGCCGACGCCAUUGACGAGAUGUUCAAGGACAACACCAUCCUGCUCAACCGCGUCACGAAGCAGUCGAUUGAGACAUACCUCUCCCUCAUCCACGAGGCGCACACCACCACCGCCCUCGAGCAGUACUUGCGCCUCCUCGCAGCCCUGUGCUCUGUCGACGGUGAGGCCAUCACCUCCACCCAAGCCAGCAUCCGCGACCUCAUGCUUGUUCCUGGCGCGCCGUCAGCGGACGUUCUGCCCUCCAUCGCCAACGGUCCCAGCGGCAUGCGCAUCACCGCGCGUGUGCUCACCCCUGGCAAGCCCUUCCGCGCAUGGAGCACCGUGACCCUCCCCCUGCAGGAGUACCUGAAGGACCACGACAACCUCGAGUACUUUGACGCCACGCUGGAGCUGUUUGCGCAGCUGUGCCUGGAGGGCAACUGCCAGGGCGAGCUGCGUGCGGCGGCCCGCACGCCGUUCCCCAUGAUCAUGGGCGCCCUCAAGUCGCAGCUGCCGCCGCACGUCAAGGCGCGCUUCUGCACGCUCCUCGUCAACCUGUACAUUGACGGCGAUGACCUGCCCGACGUGGACCACUCCAACCGGCGCUGGCAGGACCUGGCCAACCACAAGUCGCACGCAAAGCUCAAGACUGCGGCGGUGCAGCUGUUUGACGUGGACGAGGUGGUGAACUGGGUGGAGGCGUACCUGUCGCAGAACGGCCUGCUCACCUACAACCACGAGUACCACAGCGCAGCCAACGGCAAGAAGCCCGAGAUGAUCGCCCUCAAGCAGGACGAGCUGCACCGCAACAUGCUCACGGAGCAGGUGGUGCACGUUGCGCUUGCCCUGGUGAACAAGGGCCUGUACUGGGACGCCGGCAGCAGGAAGCGGCUGGUGCGGCUGCUGCUCACGCUGCUCGUGCGCACGCACCCGGGCGAGAACGAUGACCUGAGCGCAACAUCGUCGCUGGACGUGGUCAUGCAGGCCAAGACGCUGGUGUGCCGCGCCCUCGGCGCGUGCAUGGACGCGAACCUGGACGAGGUGGUGACGGAGCUGCUCACGGCGUUCAAGAAGGAGUAUUUGGCGCACAAGCACAAGCACAUUGAGGCGCACGCGGACGACCGCGCCCUGCACGAGGUCAGCCUCAUCCAGCACAACGGCGACCACCGCCACUUCUUCGAGACCGACGGCCUGUCACAGCAGCAGAUUGUGCACCUGCUGCUGGCGCUGACAACCUACCCGAGCGACGGGCUGCGGGUCGCGGCGCUCAAUCUCCUGCUGCGCUGCUUCAACGUCAAGGGCUCCGUGCUGGCCCGCCUGUCGGAUGUCGUCGUCAUUGCAGACAGCAAGGACGAGGCUGCCCUGGAGAAGCUGGAGCAGCUGCUGCUGACGCUCAAGCACGAGGACCACGACGACCUGCACACUGCGGCCGCGCACAUGACGGAAGAGAUUGAGUGGAUGUGCUCGCAGUGCAUCACCGUCAACGGCACGCUGGCAGCCGACCUGCUGGCCCCCGGGGACAGCAGCAGCAGUAAGGCGGGGAGGAGGAAGCGGAAGGGCGUGAGCGGCCCACGUCUGCCGUGGCGCAAGCCCGGUGUGAGUAUUGAGCCGCACCACGCGCACCAGGAGAUGAUGCGCAACGCCAACGCACACAAGGCCGUACUGCACAUCCUUCACCACCACCUCUCUGGCGCCGACCUCAAGACGGCGCUCAAGGACGACCGAGCGCGGGACUUGUUUGCCGCGUGUUUUGAAUUCCUCGCCUUCUUCUGCCUGCACAACAAGCACAACCAGGAGCUGCUUGGGCACGCGCACGACAUCUCGUUCUUCGUGCACGCGUGCUCGUACGGCAUCCACGCAGAGAAGGUGCUGCACCGUAUUCUGGAGGGUGAGCCCGACCUGGUGCGGGAGCACGUGGUGGACGAAGGCAAGGUGGACCGCCUCAUUGCAGACCUGAUCAAGGAGCCGCGCUGUCGCAACGUCGACUUCCUCAAGCUGAUGGAGGUGAUUGUUGCGCCCACGGGCACGCCCUCGCGGGAGCUACAGGACCUGGUGGGCGAACAUUUCCUGCAGGCAGAGGAGAAGAGCCAUCUCUUUGAGCACGAGCUUGGUUCCUCCCACUUCAUCUCGUUCAUCGUGUCCACUUACACCAAGACCGGUGGCCGUGGCGACGAAGACGACGAUGAUGGCAGCACCAACGCCAACACCAGCGCGCAGGCGCUCUCCGCCCGCGAGCACGAUCUCCGCGAUUUCUUUGAGCAGCUGCUGUCAUUCUAUGCGGUGACAGCGCACGGGAACCAGGGCACCGCAGCCCAUGUUGCCAAGCACGCACCGCUCGCUGAACUUGCACAGCCCUUCAUUGACGGCGUCACACUCCCAACCGCCACAAAGUCUCGCCUGCUGACGCUGAUCCGAGAUGUGUACCUGCUGCACGGCACGGACGAGGAUGGCGAUGGUGUUGUCGACGAUGUUGAUGCGGAGGACUUUGGAUUUGGGUCGGCCGCAGCCAAGCAGGAGACGUGCGUGAGACUCUGUGGACCCCUGGCCAACGAGCUGCGGGCCAUCGACAAGGGGUGGAAGCACAAGCCGAGCAAGGUCCGGGCAGCGCUCGACCGGUAUGCGUUUAUGACGCUGCUGCCGCUCGCUGCUGACCUGCUGCGCAUCUUCGUGGAAGAGCACGGCAGCGUGCCGGCGGAGAGGCUUGAGGAAGAGGCUGUGUCGCUUGUUGCGGAGUGCGUGCGCUUCCUGAAGCACCGGCGAAAGGCAACAUAUGAGAGCCCGCACUACCUGAUGGACCACGAGUACCGCGUGCUGGGUGGACAUGUCACUGGCGAGCUGCUCAACAGCACGCUGCUGGCACAGCAGGACGCGACGCUGGUGAAUGUGCAGACGGAGCACACGUGGUACGACGAGACGGAGGCGAAGGAGGCGCGAACGGCAGCAGCACGCUCCACCGCGCUCAGCAUGGGCAGCAAGCACGGGUCGAGCAAGCGGCACGCGUUCUCAAUCGACUCGUUUGCAGCCACGCACAGCAAGCGCGGCGGUGGCGGGCACACCCGCGGCGGUGGCAAAGCGCCACGCAAGGUGAUGCCUGUGGAGAAGGUGAAGACAGAAGGCGAGCGCAUCCAAGAGGAGCUGCCUUUCUUCGUUGAUCAAGUGCGAGAGACAUUCAACCACGGCUUCUCGCAGCCGCACCUGCCGUGGAUGUCGUUUCUCUCCACGGAGUACAACUUUCAGCCGUUCUGGUCGCUGGUGGGUAUUCUGCAGGCUGACUUGCUGGAGGACAGGCUGCACGAGGAAGAGAAGGAGGCCGAGGAGGCGGCACAGGGCGGUGGCGGCGGCGGUGUGAGUCAUCAGGCGUCAUCUGUGUCACGGAAGGGAUCAAAACUGUGGCGAAGGAAGCAGGGCGCCGCCGGCAUCACGCCCCAGGACACGAGCAAAGGUGAUGGCGCACCCCCCUCGCCCUCGCGAACACGCGUGUCGCGCACAUGGACGGCGCGCUCUGCCCGUUUCCAAUUUCGCAAGCAAGUGCGCGUGCACCCCAAGUCCCCCAAGAUGGAAUCGUUUGACCUGAGUGCACAGCAGCUGGACGUGGACAUCCGCUCGUGUGUCUCUCACAUCAUCAGCCAUUUUGAGGUGUCUGACGAAUACGAUCAUGACCACCGCAUGCACCAGGACUUUGAGGAAGAGGAGGAGGACAACGUGAUUGUGGGCUUCCUCGCAGCCAUGUCGUGUGCGCUGACGUGUGUCGUUGAUUCCAAGAUGGGUCGCGUGUACCAGGAGCUUGACGAUGAGGACAACGAGGAAGCCAAAGCAGCCCACGAGGCUGCCAUUGCCACCGUUGGGCGCUCCCUCAACAGCCUUGGUCUCCCCGACAUGGUCCUGUCUCUGCUUGCGUCUCGCCACCGGUGCACGGUGCUCAUGGCGGCGCAGCUUGGCUGGCUCAUGCUGGAUGCCACGCCGCACGUGUUUGAGGCAAAGGCCGCGGCUGCGCUGAUGGAGAGCAGCGUUGAGGGCGGCAGCACGCUCGCCCGCCGGCAGCACCAGCAGCAGCAGGAGCGGCUGCUGUCGCAGUGGGCGUUCCACGAUGCCUUUGAGAGCGGACCAAUGGGCCGGCGCGCCCUUGCCGCCAUCCAGCGCCACCUGCAGCACAUGCAGGAGCUGCUGUUCAAGCGGGAGCACGAGGACCCGCUUGACCGGCUGCGUCGCGACCAGGACGUGGAGAACCUCGACGUCGCCAUCGCCAUCCGCAUCCUCGGAUUCCUGGAGGCGCUGUGCUUUGGGUGCUUCACGGAGAUGCAGCAGCUGCUGCGGCGGCAGGAGAGCGGGCAGCGCGUGGACAUUGUUGUGUGCGUGGUUGAGUUGUCGCGGUCGCUGGACCAGCUGUUCCGCAACAAGGCGCACCACGGGUUUGACGUGGAGGAGGUGGAGCGGCUGGACGCCAUCAAGGAGAUUUACAACGAGCUGCAGCGCACGGUGAACGACGUGAUGUUUCUGCAGCAGCUGUUCAGCACUCUCGGCGCCUUCGUUGGCGGUCCAAACGUCGACAACCAACGCGCGCUUCUCGAGCACAAGGUGCACGAGCCGAUUCUGCUGUUCCUGCGCUAUCUGAACGCGUCGGACGACAGCGAGGACAUUCCAGACAAGGAUGUGUUCCACUCGCUCACGCUGUAUGUGCUUGAGGCGGCUGCAUCCCUGAGCAUCUGGUGCGAGUCGUACGGCGUGGUGGACAACGGGCACGGCGACUGGGUGCAGCAGGACGGCUACGAUGUGGAUGUGGACACAGAGCACAUGCAUGCGCUCGUGAAGAGCUUUGACCUGUGCAACGCGCUGGAUGUGAUUGACGAGUGCUGCGAGGCAUCCAUCCUCUUCCUCCUGCUCGGCGUGCUCGAGGGCCGGCGGGAGGGCGACGUGGUGCUGGACAUGCUGUGCGCUGCGUUGUUCCCGGAGCCGUACCUUACCCGCGACGCGCACUUCACCCAGAGCGCGUUCUUCCGCCUCCUUGACGAGCACUCUGCUGCCGCGGAGAGCGACACCAACAUGCACGUGCGAGAGGCGGCCCUGCAGCGCGUGGCGGCGUCACCACACACGGCGCACUUCUUCGACCACGACGUUGCGCUGCUGUACUACACGGUGCUGCGGAUUCUUGGCGAGCAGGCUGAGAACUACUGCAUUCGCGUGACGCACUUGCUCAACACGUGGGAGCAGCACUCCCCGCACAGCCACAACGCACGCGACAGCGUUGGCCGGAUUGAGCUGCUGCGUGAUGGCGAGCUGCAGCCCGUGUACUUCCAGGUGCCCGCUGUUGUGCACGACACGAAGGACAAGCUGCAGGUGCGACAGCUGCGCACGCAGAUGAUCAAUGGCACGGUGCUGGAGAACCCGGAGCAGAAGAUGCAGUCGUUCUUUGGCAGCGUCGACUUUCUCAUGAACGUGAUGAACUUUGAGGCGCGCGUGGCCCGCAUGGGGGUGUCGUAUGUGCUUGGCCACCAGCGGUUUCUGCUGCCAUUGGCGUUUAUCCUCGCCGCCAUCAUCAACAUCUGGGUCAUCUUUGACCUGGGCGACGAUGGGUUCCCGCACAGCGUUGUGCGGGUGCUGGCGAUUGCGCAUGCUGUUGUCAGCAUGCUGAUUCUGCUUGGGCAGUCGCUGUCCCCGCUUGAUGACCUCGUGCUACGCGCCGUCAAGCAGAACGUCUCCAAACUCCUGGGCACCUUCCUGCUCACCUUCUUCAUCAUCUACGCGUUUAUGCUUGUGGGCCGCGAUGCGUUUGGUGGCACGUACGAGUUUGCGGACGCCCCGGCCACGUGUGCGCCGGGCACGCCACUGGUGCAGUGCCUGCGCGACCAUCUGUACUACGGCUUCUACUCGUCGCCCGUGUUUGCGCCCGCGGAUGCGGAUGUGGGCCUGUUUGUGUACUCGCUGCUGUACUUUAUGGUGGUGGUGCUGGUGAUGGCCGCGAUUGUUUCCGGUAUCAUCAUUGACUCGUUUGGCGAGUACCGUGCCGAGACGGAGGCCAUCGCUGCGGAGAAGGAGAGCCGGUGCUUUGUGUGCAACUUCAGCCACGACCGCAUCCAGGCUGCGCACAAGGGCGGCUUUGAGGCGCACAUUGCGAGCGACCACAACGUGUGGAACUACAUCUGGUUCCUCAUGCGCGUGCUGGAGAAGCGAGAGGAGCACAAGCCGCUGACGGGCGUGGAGAUUGAGGCUGUGCGGCACUGGGACACCAGCAAGGACCUGACGGCAAUGAUGCCCGUGAACCGUGCGCUGUGCCUCGAGGCGGGGAGCGAGGACACCACCCUGGACCAAGUCCUGGACGUGGUGAAGCAGGUGGCCAUGGCGACGGGGCAGGUGGUGAUGACGUCCGACCGGUCCCUCCAGCUCCUGCUCUCCCUCACGCAGCAGCACAGCGCCAACACCAACAAGCCCUAACUCGCCGCAUGUGUGUGUAUGUACGUGUGCAUGUAAUGUAUGCAUGCAUGUGUGUGUUUUUUUUGGGGGGGGGGGAUCCUCCAUGGUUUCUGCCUGCUUGGAUCAUCUGGUUUCUAUUUUAUGUUUCAGUUUUCCCUUGACACCUGCUGUCUAGCUGUCUAGCUGUAGCUUUCUCCUAAUUGUAUUGUCUUUGUGUAUGAAGUAGGCUGAGUUUUUUUGACUGCGCGUUUUGACUGCUGUUGUAUUGGUUUCCUUCUGCCGUAUCUUGCGUUGACACUGUUUUGGACAGCCGCUGAAAGCAUUGCAGCCAAGCGCUGAACAUUGUGAAAC